UCCGGGGCUGGGACAAGGAUGAACGCCAAUUUCCAAGAUGGCGGCGGAGGGAGGAGGGAAGGAGAUGAACGAAAUUAAAACUCAGUUCACCACACGAGAAGGCGUCUACAAACUCCUCACUCACUCCGAAUACAGCCGCCCGAACCGGGUGCCUUUCAACUCGCAGGGCUCCAACCCCGUCAAGGUCUCCUUCGUCAACGUAAACGACCAGUCCGGCAACGGCGACAGGAUCUGUUUCAAUGUGGGCCGGGAACUCUACUUUUAUAUCUACAAAGGCGUGAGGAAGGCUGCCGAUCUUAGUAAGCCCAUAGACAAGAGGAUAUACAAAGGAACGCAGCCUACAUGCCAUGACUUCAACCCACUCACAGCCACAGCGGAGAGCGUCUCCCUGCUGGUGGGCUUCUCAGCAGGACAGGUGCAACUCAUAGACCCGAUAAAGAAGGAAACCAGCAAACUCUUCAACGAGGAGAGACUUAUAGACAAGUCCAGAGUAACGUGUGUGCGAUGGGUUCCUGGUUCAGAAAGUCUGUUUCUGGUGGCUCACUCCAGCGGCAGCAUGUACCUGUACAACGUGGAAAACACCUGUGGCACCACGGCACCUCACUACCAGCUCCUGAAGCAGGGUGAAAACUACGCUGUGCACACCUGCAAGAGUAAAUCGGCUCGUAACCCGUUACUGCGUUGGACAGUUGGUGAAGGGGCGCUCAAUGAGUUCGCCUUCUCCCCCGAUGGCAAGUUUCUGGCUUGCGCAAGUCAGGACGGCUUCCUGCGGGUGUUCGGUUUCGACGCCGCGGAGCUCCACGGAAAAAUGAAGAGCUACUUUGGUGGCUUGCUGUGCGUAUGCUGGAGCCCUGAUGGACGGUAUAUUGUGGCGGGAGGGGAGGACGACCUGGUGACGGUGUGGUCGUUUUUGGACUGCAGAGUCAUCGCGCGGGGCCACGGCCACAAGUCGUGGGUGAGUGUGGUGGCGUUUGACCACUGCACCACCAGCGUGGAGGACGGGGAUCCGCCUGCCGAGUUCAGCGGCAGCGACGAGGACUUCCACGAGCAGAUUCACUUUGGUGCAGGCAGAGACAGAGCGAACAGCUCUCACUCUCGGCUCUCUAAGAGAAACUCUACAGAUAGCCGGCCUGUUAGUGUGACCUACAGGUUCGGCUCGGUGGGACAGGACACCCAGCUGUGUCUGUGGGACCUGACGGAGGACAUUCUCUUUCCUCACCUCCCUUUGUCGCGCACUAGGACUCAUACUAAUGUUAUGAGUGCCGCAAGCCCUCCAGCCACUGGACAAACGACGACUACUGUAUCAACCACCACCACCACAAACUCCAGCGGCACCAACGGUAAAGACAAUGUGAGCAAUAGUAGCACCAGUGGCAACCCUCCUAACUCCCUGCCCAACACCCUGCCGCGGUCCAACAGCUUGCCUCACUCCUCCAAUCCAGCAGGGAGCAGCACCCCCAACAGUCACACAGGCAGCAGCAGCAACAGCAGCAGCACCAAGGGCAACAGCAUCAUCGACAGCGCUUUCAUCGCCACCAGCGUGAGCAAGUUUGCAACGCUGUCGCUGCAUGACUCACGCAAGGAGCGGCACGAGAAGGACCACAAGCGAAACCACAGCAUGGGCCACAUCAGCAGCAAGAGCAGCGACAAGCUGAACCAGCUCAGCUCGUCACGGACGGCAAAAGCCGACGCGGCUAAGACUCUGGGCACGAUGCUGUGUCCGCGCAUGGAGGAGGUGCCGCUGCUGGAGCCGCUGGUGUGCAAGAAGAUCGCUCACGAAAGACUCACUGUGCUAAUCUUCCUGGAGGACUGUCUGGUAACAGCCUGUCAGGAGGGUUUCGUUUGCACAUGGGCUAGGCCUGGGAAAGUGGGAUUGCUAUCAUCUCAAAACAACCCAGCCAACUCCCCCAGUGGAACAGUAGUAUAGCCCCAGUGCUGGUGCUGCUAAUGACAGCUCCAUGCAACAGAGACGGGGAUGACCAAGGCCAAGGCCCCGCAGCGCUUCUUCACACACUGUCACACACCACAUGUCCUCCAGUGUCACCUUCAUUCUCAUCACUACAGCCUCCCAGAUGCUCUCUUUGUGUCACUGCUCAUGUUACGAUGUUGGCCAAGCCAGGGUUUAGAAACUUGACCCCUUUUUGUCUGGGGAUUAAAAGGGUGCUAUUGGAAGUAAGAGGAAGGCGAGCUUUAAAUCAUCCAGGAGGUUCAUGGGAGGGUCCGACUGGCUCUUUGUUGCGCCUAUAAUGGUCAUAUCAAAUCGUGUGUAGUCUGAAAAUUCCCAAUCUUUUGUGCCUGUAGAUCUUCAAAGACUAGACAUGGUGUACGCAUUAUGACGAUGCCUCCGCCUGACCUUUUCGUGUGGGUUUGAUUCCUCGUGUAUUUAAAAUAUUCACAGAUAAAGGGAAUAACAUGAGGGAUCGUUUCAGAGCAGCAGCAUAUCCCCAAAGCCAAGUCUCUUUCAUUUUCCACCUCCUGGGUGAUUCCUUGUGCAUCCGCGGUCCUCAGAACACCUGCUCGACAGAGAGGCUGCGUUCUACUUCCUUUACAGAUAUUUUAAUCCAAGGUAUCACACUUAAGAGUGUAUUUUGCACAAAUUUUCUUUCACUAUUUGUUUGUUUUCCUCCCAUUUUUGAAUUCACGACGGUGGAACACAGCCUUGGAAGCGCUUGGGGAAACGGCUUGUUAACGCUCUCUGUCUCAACGCUGGAUGCUGCAAUCAUAGUUUUUUAUAUGGAAAAAAAAUUGUUUGCACUUAAUAGUUUGUUAGAGGAGAAUGGCUUUACAUUUUUGGAGUGUGUAAGGACUCCUUGACAAGGUUGAUAUAUAUAUAAAUAGAAUUAAAAAAAACCCUUUGUAUCUAUUGAACAUUUAUUUUAAUAUUGUUUCAGAUUAAAUGGGCUCUGUAAUAUAUGUAAAUAUUGUACUUCAAUGAUUUAUGGGUGAAAUGAUCAUUAUUAGUUCCUCAUUUCAGAACAUAGUGAUAUUUCUAAUACAGAAAAUCUAUACCUAAUAUUAAAAUGAAUCUUGAAUAUGCAGGUGAAAAUGUUUCUUUUCUGUUGUACAUAAAGAGAAUUCAGGUGUAUUUUUAUUAAUGAAACGUUUGGUAUAGGAAAUGUCUACGAAAUCCUCUCGUCUAACAGGUAGUGCUGAAUGCUAGCUAGCCUGUCGCUGCAGAUUCCUUUUAGACGGGGAGACGCAGUGUUCUAAUUCAGCCAUCACUCCGAGCUCAGGUAAACCACAGGAAGACUAACGCUGGCAUAGUUUCCCCUCCUGUCCUCCCCGCUGCAGUCCCAAACAUCUACAUGCUCGUGAACUCACUAAAACAGAACUGGUGUUGAGCAGACAGGGCUGAAAUCUGUGACUCCUCUCAUUGUGAGUAAUAAUUACUGAACUGAUGCUGAACUUGUGAACAAACUUCUGACACUGUGUUGAAACUGACAAACGUCAGCUCUUGGCGGCGGUGUAGGAGGGUGUGUCUUUUUUUUUUUUUAAUUUCGUGUUUUUUUCAGAGCACCCGUAUAGGACUGAGGAUUUUAACAGUGGGAGCUUUUUCCUCCAUGUGACGCCUAUUAAAAACAGCUUUGACAGA